AUGGAGACGAAGAAAUCCUUGAAAAUAUGCUGCGCAGUGACCUCCAUCCUUCUCCUUCUCCUCGUCAUCACCCUCCUAAUCCUAUACUUCACCGUCUUGAAACCAAAGAAACCCGCAGUUGUGGCGACUCCCGUUGGCCUCGACCAUAUCGCUUUCUCUCUCCGCCCAAACGUUUCUCUUACUUUAUCAAUCCGCAUGAACAUUUCCAUCAAGAACCCAAACUACGCAGGUUUCAAGUACAAGAACUCCUCUGCUUUCAUAUACUAUGGAGGAGAUUUUGUAGGAGAAACUCCCAUUGAAGCAGGCAUCAUCCACGCGCGUUCAAUCAAGAAUAUAAGCACAGUAGUAAAUAUUAUUGCUAAUAAGGUGAUUGGAAACCCAAAGUUCUUCCCAGAUGUGUUUAAGGGAUCUUUGAAUAUGAAUUCUGAGAUGGGGAUGGAAGGGAAGGUGAUUCUGCUUGGGAUCUUUAAGCUUCAUGCAAAGACUCAUUCGACUUGUGAUAUCGCCAUUUUUGUGUGGCAGGGGAACAGUACAGCGAAUUGCAACUCAAAGAUUGAGCUUUGA